AUGACUAAAGUAUAUGGGAAAUAACUAGAACCAGAAGAUGGCAGUAAUGCAACGUCAAGGAUGCAAGCUGCCGUUAAAACCCAAAGAAGAAGAAGAAGAAGAAGAAGAAGAAGUUUAUCUUCCUCGUCAACUGGAGGGGUUAAGUUAGUAAAUUGAAUUAAAGUCUUGUUGUCUGCGUAAAAUCUGCUCAAUGGGACCCGAAGAGAGGGAUUAUGUAGCUGCUGAGCGCCAGGAAGAUGACAUCCACAAUGUGCAAUCUGUAAUUGACUCGUUGGCCUUAGACUACCUUCAGAUUAGUUUAUCUCACAUCACAGGUGAGAAUAUAGUAAGCGGAGAAAAAGAAUCUGUCAGAAACCUGUUGGAGAUUUUUGAUGGUCUGCUGGACUACCUCAUAGAGCAGCAGAGUGACGAGGAGCCUCAACAUAAAGGGCUCAAUGGAAAGGCCAACGCUGCCAAUGUAGCUUAUCAGCCUCGAAAUCAGGACACAGGCAAGAUGCAGUGUCAGCCCUUAACCAUUCAUUCUGUACUCCAGUCCAUUGAACAUUCCCUCCAUUCCUGGGAUGGGAAUGAAUUCAAGUCAACAGAGCUCAUCCGACAAGGAAAUUCUGCUCACAUGUUCAUGGCCAAACAAGAAGUGUUGGCUGCUGUCCUUCCUCGUGGAAACCGUUGAAAACACAGUGAGCACUCAGGCUACCCUCCUGAAAGAACCUCUCUGGCCUGCCAUUCGUCUCCAGCCUACCUACCAGACCACCACCAAGAGAUCCCCUCCCUCCACUGACACAGCCCCAUUUACUGAAGACAAGACCAUACAGAAACCAGAAAACUUAUGUCACGAGAUUCACUCAUCUGAUGGGGUUCACAUCAAUAGGGAGUUGAACGUUCCUGUUUGCGGUAAUUUCCCUGUGGAAACAGAGAAAUUUGAAUUCUGUCAGAGGGGAGUUGAUUCAGAAGAAUCUGAGCAUCAGGAAAAGGUGGACUUCACAGUUCCAAGGCAGAUUCUGUCCUGUACCCAGCCAGAUGGAUACAGAGAGGUAGAGGAAAAAGAAGCGAGAGAAGAAGAGCAAACUAACAGAUCACCAGGAAUUCAUGUUAUCCAUAGAGACGGGAGACAAGGUGCUGGGCUCGGAGAUAGAGAAGGUUCUUUGUCUUUGCGUAGCCAGAGGAAUAAGGAGACAGAGCAAGAACUACAUGAUAUGUCAGAGAAACUAUCUCGCCGUUUGGAGGAACUUGAUCUGAUGUUGAAGCGUGCUCUGAGUGAAAUUGGGGAGAUAUGUGAGCCAGGAGAGGAAGAUAAACAGUCUCAUCAUAGCGACAGCAUCAUGGAGUGUGUCAUAAGUAUGUCAAGUUCAUGCCAUUCCAGACCUCAUGCACACUCAUUACCCCCCUUCUCUACACCUGUACAGCACUCUAUCCAGCAAGAUGCUCUGAUCAGCGACAAUGCCAGUCAUAGCCAGCAACACCACAGAAACACCCAGUUCACAGAAUCAGUCUGUAAAGAUGAACUGAAGCAAUCAGUCCAGCAGGAGCAAACCGAUAUGACCACUGAGAGACUCAAUGUUCAGAAAACGGAUCUUAAAUACCACCAGGCAGUGUGUAGAAAAGCUCCUUCUGUUCACAGAUCCUGCACCAAGUCACCUUGCUCUCGAUUCUCCGGAACUAAACUCCAACACACAGCCAGAAAAGAGAUACAUUCCGGUAAGACAGCAAUCAGUGACCGAGUGCGCACACACACACAAACUGGCAUAUACUGCAUGGUUUACAGGGACUCUUCUGUAAGAUAAAUAGGUAAAUUUAGCUCAAGGCGAACUAAUUAUUAUAUUUAUAGGGAAUUUUGACACAAUUUUUUUAUGGCUGAUCAACUGAAUUGCUGAAACUAUCAACUAUACAACAGAUAUUAAUAUCCAAAAUAUAGUGAAAACACUAUUUAUUAAUGCGGUAACAAGAUUGACAGUUUAAACAUUAAUUUGUAAGCAUAUAGCCUUAAAUAAAUAAGUCCUUUUAAGACAAGUCAUGUCACUCGGCGGCCAUCUUUGAAAUGUCUCUUGGUAUCCAAGUGCAACUCCUAUCUCUUUGAAUGGGGAAACCUCAAAUUCUCCAAAACUGUUCACUAAGCUUACGAUUUAAUUUCAUAUUUGAAAUCACCAAAGAAAUCUGACAACAACUUUGUCAUGAAUGUUGUUACUUUUGCUCAAAUAGCGUUAUAAAAAACGUAUUAUUCAGGCUAAGUCAGCCAGUGUGCAUGCGCAGUCCUGAGCAUGCGUCUCAGAGCGCUGACUGUUUCAAUAGCAACUGGGACUUCUAACGGCAGCUGCAGCGACAUGUUGACUUUACCAAUUAGCGAUUGUCUCUCUCAUUUUGAGCGUUGCAUUUUUCCCCAUUCAAAACUAUAUGAGUGACAUGUCUUGGGUAUUCUAUAUUCUUUGAUAUAACACAAGACACUUUUCUUCAAAUACAAACAAGACUUUGCUGGACAGAUAUAUGCAAUUCCUUAGACCUUAAACGAUUCCUUAAGCAAUUCCUUAAACGAACCAUCACUUAUUUAAUUUAACCCUAGCGUUGACUUUUCAAUGAGGCUAUGAAACUUUGUUAAAUGCACCAGUUCAGCUGAUUCUUUAUUGAUUCGCUGAUGGUCUGGAACACUCUGGAGUGAUGUUUUGGGAAGAUACCCACAAUGGGCAUUGGCUGAAGGAUAGAUGAUGAGUCUCAUAGGCUGGUUAAGGUUUGAGGCGGUCAAAGACAAAGUCGGAUACAGCCGGAUAAGGCAAAGUCGGAUAAGGCAAAACUUAGCUUAAAAAAAUAGACUUUCAAGGGAAAAGAAAAGAAACAACAUGAAAGAAAGAAAAAAGUGUGUGACAAGACUAGAUGGCUUAUCUCCUCAUGAUGGUAGAGAAGCAGCAAGCCAAAAGCUCUUUGGUUCAUGUAGGGAUGGGUGAUAAAAUGAUAUCAUAUUGAGAUCAUGAUUAAAAAAAGAUAGCGAUGAUAAGCUCUGAACAUUUUUACUCUAUAUAGAUUAAUCUAACAGUCUCACACAGGAGAAAUAAAGGCAUCAGCAGCAAUCAGUGCAUGCCACCAACAAGUCUGCAUGCUCUGUGUGAAUGAAUGGCAUGGUUUAGGAAUUAGUUUUAGAAAGGUAGCUGGAGUAAUGUAAUUUUACCACAGGAUGUAUGUAAUAUUAUGUAUUAUUAUAUAAUAGUAUGUAUUUAGUAUGGCCAAUUCGCACUGGAUAAGAAAUCUCAGUAAAACUACCAGAAAUGGGAGGGGUAACUCUACCUUUUUUGCAGAAGGUAAAAGUCUCUAUAUGAUUACCGAGAUGGCACAUUUGGAUUGGACUAAAAUCGCUGAGAAUCUCUGGUAAUAAUUACCUCUCCAUGUAAAACUAAUCCCAUCAGAAUAGGGCUAAAUACAAACUGAAACUGAAAGUAAAACUGAAAGACCUUCAUGGAAGCCCGGCAAAAUAAAAGUCCAUUUAACUUGAAGAAAUUAUGACAGGAAUAUAUUACUAUUGUAUACUAACCCUCUGUGGGACAUCAUCAUUUAUAAAUGAUGCUAAGAAAAUUGCAUUUAAAAUACAUGUUAUUAAAAUGUUAUUUUAAUGAUGUCAUAUGACAUCCCCUUCAAC